UAUUUGGAUAAGAAGUUUUCAGAUUUAAAUGAUGUAUUGGAGGGCUUGAAAGAUUGUGUUACUAGUCAGAGGUAUGAUGAUCAAAAUGGUGGUGAUGGGAGUGAUGAUAGUGGUGGUGCGGAAGAUGAUGGAAGUGAUGGCGGUGAUGGCGGUGAUGGCGGUGAUGACAGUGGUGAUGGUGGUGAUGGGGACGAUGAUAAUUCUGAUUCUGGGAAACUUGAUGAUAUUGAUGUGGAAAAUGAGGAUGAUGGUGAGGGUAAUGGUGCAGCUGUUGAUGAUUUAGGUGGUGUUAAAGAUGAUGGUGCUGAAGUUUAUAAGGAAAUAAGACAAAUAUCAGAUGCUGUUGUUAAUGAAGUUGUCGAUCAGGCUGGUGAUCAACAUGCUGAGGAUUGCAUGGAUAAGGUUGGUAAUGAUCGUCCAAGUUUUGAUAUUAUGGGUUCCUUGUUGGCCCAGUCUGAAAAUGUUGUAGAUUUGUUGGAAGAUAAAAAAAUUGUUGGGGAUGACAAUGUUAUAGAAGCAUCUAAAAGGGAUAGUGAGAGCACUGACGAUGGUAUUACAUCUGCUGAGAUGUUAAUUAUAUCAGAGAAAGUGGAUGCUGUUUGUCAUGAUUAUGAGUUGAAGAAGAGUAUGGAAAAAUCCAAAGUUAUUGAUUUGAGUAGUGCUGGUACCCCAAGGGAUUUGCAAGGUGUUAUUAGAAUUGACUUUGGGGAUUCGUCCGGAAAAUCUGUUAAGAUUGGUGAAACAAAGUAUUUGAAAGGUCUACACCCUUUCAAUUCUGAGUUGCUAGAUCCACUGCAUUGUCUUCAACAAGAUUCAUUUGAUGAGUGGUUUCUUGAUGGCUUUAAUGACCAGAAUAAGUAUUGUUUUUUUUUACACAACUUUUUUUGUUUGAUGUUUAUCUGUAUAUGGUUAUUCACUAAUCUGUUACUUUUAAUAGGAAGAAGAAGUUUGUUAGGGGAAAGAACAUGUUGGAUGCACCUUUGGAUUUCUCAAUUGAUUCUGUUAGUGAUAAAUGGUGGUUUUAUGAUCUAUUGACGCCUGGGAGAUGUUUGUCUGACUCUGUGAGUGUUUUUAUAUAUAUUUUUGUAUCUUUUUUUAUUGUUUGUAUGUUUUUUUUGUUGUUGUCUAUAAUUUAUAUAAUUUUUUUUUUCAGCAUUUGGAUGUUAUAUUUUACUACUUGAGAAAGAAACUGAAGUAUGAUCAUCGGGUUACUGUUUCCGCAACUACGACAGAUUUUAAUUUUUACAACAAGGUGGUUGAGUUGUAUGAAAACUUUGUGAAGUCUAAGAAAAAUAUUGAUUAUGUGCCUAAGAGUAAUAUGGUAAUUGAGUAUAUGGAGGGGUAUUGUAUGUAUGCUAAUACUCGAUGGUUGUUUGUUGAUUAUGUUUUGAUAUAUGUUCAUGUCAAAGAUGAUCAACAUUGGGUUUUAGUUAUUUUUGAUAUAAAGAAUAGGUGUCUCAAUGUCUAUAAUUCAAUGUGGUCGAAAAGAGAUGGUGACAAGACGACAGGAUUGUAUAUCAGGCCUCUUGCUGUUAUGUUGCCAAUAUGUUUGCAUUUGAUGGACUUUUAUAAUCGAAGGGAGGAUAUUGACCGGAGCAAAGGUUGGUUUAGAGGGAAGAAAGACAGUGACAAGCUUGAUGUGUUUACUGUGACUAAUCUGCCUCAGCAAUUGGAUAAUGAUUGUGGGUUGUUUGUUGCUAAGUAUGCUGAGUUUUUUUAUCCACGGUGCGAUUGAUUUACUUCCAAAUCCAUUAGAUGUGAAGUUCUUUAGAAACAAGCUUGCUGUGGAUCUGUAUGUUCAUGCUAAGAAGAAGGAGAUCAAUGGGUACGAGUCUGAAUCUGAGUUUCCAGGGAGGAUUGGAAGAAGUGGACAGAAAUGAAGGCUUAGGUUUAGAAGUGGACAGAUUGGAAAAUGCAUAGUAACUUUUUUGGAUUGUUUGUAAAUAGUUACAAUACAAUAACUCUUUUGGAUAUUUUUAGUACCUUUUUGUAUUUCUAAGACUAAGUACGAUUUGUUGUUGUUAUUUUUUGCCUUAUAAUGGAUAUUGGCAAAGUAUUAUGUUGGAUAUAUAUUUUGGAUUUUUAGUGUGAUAUUUUUGUUGAAGUUUAUAAUGUUUUGUUGUAUGUAUGUUGGUUAUUUUUUUUUAAAGAUUGAUAUUAUUGAAUUAUUUAUAAAAAGGUGAUUCUAUUAUUUAUUUAUUUUUUAUUUUUGUACAGGAGUUAUAAUUAGCAGUUGG